UAAAGAGAGGUCUUUAACUUUAAGAGAAGAGAGGAAGAACAAGCUUAGCUGGUCAAAACUCACAAGUACUUUAGUUUACCAGCUUUGCGAAGAAGAAGUACAAAAACAUGGCCUCUAAACCUGGCAUUCUCACUGAAUGGCCAUGGACAUGGCUUGGCAACUUCAAGUACUUGGUUUUGGCACCAUUUGUGGUUCAUGGCACAUACACAUUCUUCAUGAGCAAAGAUGAAAGCCAGAGGGACAUUGUAUACAUAAUCAUUUUCCCACUUCUGCUCUCGAGAAUGAUUCACAACCAGGUAUGGAUAUCUCUAUCCCGUUAUGUUACUGCAAAGGGUACUAGCCGAAUUGUUGAUAAGAGCAUCGAAUUUGAUCAAGUUGACAGAGAAAGGAACUGGGAUGAUCAGAUCAUAUUUAAUGGACUGUUAUACUAUAUUGGAUACCAAUUUCUGGAACAGGCUCAUCACAUGCCAUGGUGGAGGACUGAUGGGAUCAUUAUAAUUGCCUUGCUUCAUAGUGGUCCUGUUGAGUUUCUCUAUUAUUGGCUUCAUAGAGCUCUGCAUCACCAUUUUCUCUACUCUCGUUAUCAUUCUCAUCAUCACUCCUCCAUUGUUACUGAGCCCAUCACUUCUGUUAUUCAUCCAUUUGCUGAGCACAUAUCAUAUUUCGCGCUCUUUGCCAUACCAUUGAUGACAACUGUACUCACUGGGACUGCCUCUAUGGCUUCAUUUGCUGCUUACGUUACCUAUAUUGAUUUCAUGAACAACAUGGGCCACUGCAACUUUGAGCUCAUUCCUAAGUGGAUGUUCUCUAUCUUUCCCCCUCUCAAGUACUUGAUGUAUACGCCCUCGUACCACUCACUACAUCACACUCAAUUCAGGACAAACUUUUCUCUCUUCAUGCCAAUGUAUGACUAUAUCUAUGAUACAUUGGACAAGUCCUCAGACACAUUGUAUGAAAUGUCACUUGAAAGGGAAGCUGAAGUGCCUAAUGCUGUGCAUCUAACACAUCUAACAACUCCAGAAUCCAUUUACCAUCUUCGACUAGGAUUUGCAUCCUUGGCCUCGGAGCCUCACACCUCUAAGUGGUAUUUUUGGGUAAUGUGGCCCGUCACACUAUGUUCCAUAAUGAUUACUUGGAUAUAUGGUCACACAUUUGUUGUCGAGAGAAAUUUGUUCAAGAAUCUCAAAUUACAAACUUGGGCUAUCCCAAAGUAUCGCGUACAAUACUUUAUGAAAUGGCAAAGAGAGACUAUUAACAACUUGAUUGAGGAAGCCAUCACGGAAGCAGAUAAGAAAGGCAUAAAAGUUUUGAGCCUUGGACUCUUAAAUCAGGCAAAGCAGCUGAAUAGUAAUGGUGAACUUUACAUAAGAAAGAAUCCUCAGCUGAAAGUGAAGGUGGUAGAUGGAAGUAGCUUAGCUGUUGCUGUGGUAAUAAACUCCAUUCCUAAAGGAACUUCUCAAGUUGUCCUUAGAGGCCGUUUGUCCAAAGUUGCUUACUCCAUUGCCCUUGCCUUGUGCCAAGGAGGAAUUCAGGUUGUCACAUUAGGCGAAGAGGAGUACAAGAGACUUAAAGCAAAGCUUACCCCUGAGGCUGCAGCUCACUUGGUCCUGUCGAAGUCUUAUGCUUCAAGGACAUGGCUAGUAGGGGAUGGAUUGAGUGAAGACGAACAAUUGAAAGCACCAAAAGGAACCUUAUUCAUUCCUUAUUCACAAUUCCCACCAAGGAAAGCUCGCAAGGAUUGCUUCUACUUCAGCACACCAGCUAUGAUUACUCCUAAAAAUCUUGAAAAUGUAGACUCUUGUGAGAAUUGGUUGCCAAGAAGAGUUAUGAGUGCAUGGAGAAUAGCUGGGAUUUUGCACGCCUUGGAAGGUUGGAACGAGCACGAGUGUGGUAACAUGAUGUUUGAUAUUGACAAAGUAUGGAAAGCUAGUCUAGAUCAUGGAUUUUGCCCAUUAACCAUGUCUUCUGCUACUGAAUCAAAGAAUUAGGAAUAAAGAUUUGUUUUUGUGAUCAUAUCUUGGAUUAGUGGUCAAUGAUAUAAGCUAUUUGCGUUACAGAGCUCUGUAUGCAUUAUAUAAUAUGAACCAAUUUGGAGCAUGAAGGAUGACUUCUAUAGUAUAACAAACUUUAUGUUAAUCUCUUUUUCUUUUUUA